ACUUGCAGAGUUGUACUCGCCGCCGUGUCGAUAAGGAGGGAAUUGCAGAUGCAGUCGAGUGUUAAGAGGAGGAGGAGAAGAGCCGCGGAGGGUCGUCGGUGUCGGAGGUCGUGAUCCAGUUCACACUUCACUUUAUUACCGUCUCAACGCAAAGUCAGGGAAGAGGAUUCCUGUGGCUGUGGGAUAAGACGGCUUCCACCUUUCCUCACCUGAAGUGUCCCUUACCUUCCCCGGCAAACGUCUCUGCUGCUGGCAGCCUGAAGGAAAGCCACUUGACAGACUUGAAGAGCUUUGCCUGAGGCGAAACAGAGCUCACAAAGCUGGGUGAAGGACAUUAACCCGCUGAGAAGUGGAAACUGUGGCCGCAUCAACCAUGGAGGUCUAUACUACUUCGAGGAAACUUACUCUGCUCUCAUUUACCUUCAUGUGGGGGCUCUCAGGCAUUUUAGCUGAGAUCCAGAUGCCUCAGACCAGUAUGGAUGUGAUCAAGGGUCAGAUGGUGGUGCUGAGGGCCUCAUACACCAUGGAUACGCCCACUGACCUAAGCACCAACACUGUUCUGUGGAACCUUGUCUCUAACAACACCCAGCUGAUCAUCUCCUACACCAAAGGGUCCAUGAGCGUGGGGAGCUCCCAGUUUAAGGGACGGGUUGGCUUCAUUGCUAACAUGCCCUCACUGGACAUAUCGCUGUACAUCAACAACACCCAGGAGUCUGACUCAGGACGCUACUUAUGCCAGGUCAUCAUUCCUGAUAACCCUGGCCUCACCGCUGAGCUCAGUCUGGACGUGAAGGUCCCUCCUGCUGUUCCUAAGUGCUCUCUAUCAGGGAAACCAGUCCUGAAAGGAAAUGUGACCCUGAGCUGCAAGUCCAGCUCUGGGAAACCCCUUCCUCUGUACAAGUGGAGGAAAACCAGUCCCACCUCUGAGGUCUUCUUUUCUCCCAUGCUCAAUGAGAAGACCGGCACUCUGAAGCUGAGCAACCUGAGCAGUAACAUGUCGGGGAAGUACGUAUGCUCGGCUUUCAACGCAGCCGGCUCAGAGAGCUGCUUCAUCAACCUGGAGAUCGUCACCUCAACCAAUGUGGGCAUGAUUGUUGGAGCCACAGUGGGCUCAGUGGUCGGCUUCAUCUUCCUCCUCCUCAUCUGCCUCGUUUUCGUGGUGAAGAGGCGACGAGAAAGUGAGGACGACAUGGCCAACGAAAUCAAGGAGGAUGCUCAGGCUCCCAAGCGUGUAUCCUGGGCUAAGAGCGGCAUGGGUUCAGACAUCAUCUCCAAGAAUGGCACCCUGUCAUCCAUUGCCUCCAGCCCGCACCACAAAGAGCCCUCCCACCACCACAACAACCACCACCACCACCUGCAGCAGUACCCCCAGCGCCCACCCUCAGACACCGCCUCCAUCAUCACCGCCACUGGCAGCAUGGCCGGCUACCGGCCAUCCCGCCAUCACGGAGCCUCUACGCCCACCCACUACAGCUACAACAACAACAUCACCCUGCCACGUGGACAGCCCGCCUCCCCUGAGGCCAACAGCAAUGGGAGCUCCCUAACCAGACCAGAGCGCUACACCCAGCUGCCCCAGGCCCAAGCGAUGCCCCAGACCUACAGCCAGCCCCAGCUACAGCUCCAGGCCGCUCCCGCCCCACCACCGCUGCCCACCUCCACUGUAACCACCUCUAACAUCGCCCGUAUGGGAGGGGUACCCAUCAUGGUGCCUGCACAGAACCAAGCUGGAUCUCUGGUCUAAUGCCAGCCAGCGUUGGCAAAACAGUGCUGUUGACAAAAAAAAAAACAGUGGAGUACUGUCCCUUCACACUCUCCAACAGGGUCAGCUGCUGAUUUUUUUUUUUAAGGGAACGCUUUAACUACUAUUUAGGAAAGAAUUACAGUAGAUGACUAAAUUCACUUAUGCCAAGAAGCUUUCAUGGCAAGACUUUCAGACACAGACUGUUUACUUGCUUUAAAGUAUACUUAAAUCUUUUAUAUUCUGUAUGCACUGUAUACAUUGCAAACUAUAGACAUGACAUUUGUCCAGUAUCCUCUUUUCUACUUUAUCAAUGCAUUUCUAAUGUUUUUUUUGUUUAAUUUGUCUUUUAAAUGGUGUAAUUUCUUCCAGAAAAGUUAUUUUCUUCCUCCUGCCAUACCAGUUACACAAAGUGAAGGGCGAGUGACUCAUUACUGGGGGGCUUUUAAAUGUAUGCGAGUCUCACAGAUGAAUCCAGAUGAAAUAAGAGGAGGGUGAUUCAGGUCUGCUCUACUUUGUCAUCUUUACUUCAAAACUUACCUAAAGGAGGACUCAUCAAGACCAAAAUAGGUGUAAGCACAUUAUAUCAGUACUAUUCAGAGGAGAGAAUGUUACUCUAAGUCCAGACAGUGAUUUUGGGUGUAAUAUCCAUGUGUGAAGAUCUGUGUGUUAGUGACUAUACUUCUGAGGCAGACUUAUGGAAAGAAAGACAACAUUAUAUAUAUAAUGAAAAAGAUCUGCAUUGCAAAAUAUCCUAAUCCUUUUUGGGCUUCAUUUCUGUUGGUGGUUCAGCUUAUAAAAUACUCUUAGACUCAAUUCUUCAAACACAGAUUAGCAAAAGCUUCUUAUAAUAUUGAGCACUAUUCAGAACUGCAGUAUGAUGACUUUGCUAAUACACGAGUCCACACUUGGGUUGUAAUAAUUUAAAGUUGCCUGCAGCAUUGAAACUGUAAAUAUGAUAUUUAUUUCCUGAUAAAUGUGUGACAGAGAGCAAAGCAUAUUGUUGGCCACGGCUUGUAUGGAACAUAUGAUAAAGGUAACAUGUUUGCCCACAACACUGGAUACUGAACCAAAGACAUACAGUAUGUAUCACUCCAUUUUGUCACCAUGCUCUCUUUAUACGGUCAGUAGGGAGACAUGAUGUGAUUCACUGCCGUAAUCUACAGGCUUUAUGUUUUUAGACAAACCGUCUUUACCAUCUGAUUAACAACAAAAAGCUUAUAUGAGUUUCUCUGUAUUUAAAACAUUUAUGUGAAGGUGCCUAGUUAGUGAUCUUCUACUAUUUCCUAUCAUGAGAGGAAGAGGGGAAGAUACACUAUAUAAAUUUACUAAGUUAACAAUGUUGCUUUAGUUUUUACAUUCAUAAGGUCUUUGUUGUGGAGUCACAGUGGAUCAUGCGCAACAUGGUGGGUUAGUUGCGCAUGUAGUGGUAUUGAAUCAAUUUUUCUUUACAACGUGGGCAUUGAAACCUGAAUAUAGUUUUUAAUUGUGACUUU